GAACCUUACACAUGUGAUCCGAUCAAGCACCACAGAUCCUCAAACGCAGAAGAGGACGUUUAAGCAACAUAUAUCUGUAACGUCACUAUCGUGUUGUUCUAUUGCUUGUCCGCAAGAAAAACUUCUUGCUGAUCUAUAACUGUAUAGCACAGACCCGCUACAAAUUUGCGUGAUAUUUCGUACGAUCAUGAACGGUACAAGGAGCCCGAUUCAAUCCUUCUAUAAAAACAAGACCAUUUUUGUUACUGGCGCUACCGGUUUUAUGGGAAAAGUCCUUUUAGAGAAACUACUGUACAGUUGUUCCGAUCUCGACAAAAUCUACUUCCUCGUACGACCUAAGAAGGGACGCAGUAUCGAACUCAGGCUCGACGACAUGUUCAAGUUACCUAUAUUUCACAGAAUACAUCAAGAGAAAGGUCAUGUCUUGAAGAAAUUGCAGCCGCUCGUCGGUGACAUAAAUAUGCAUAAUCUUGGCCUUACCGAUGAACAGCGGGAGACACUGAUGGAAGAAGUGCAUAUAGUAUUUCACUUCGCCGCAUGUCUUCGAAUGGAAGCGAAAUUGAAAGAUGCCGUCGAGUUAAACAUGAUUGGCACGAAGAGGGUACUGGAUCUGGCAAAGCAGAUGAAACACCUGCAGGUGUUCCUGCAUCUGAGCACGGCCUUCUGUCACGUAGACCAGGAGGAACUCUGGGAGACGGUCUACGACGCUUCGCAUGACCCUGACGACAUCAUGAGACUCGUUCAGUGGAUGGACGAAAGCGCCGUCGAUUUGAUUACGCCUAAAUUAUUGGGACCGCAACCGAAUACUUACACCUACACGAAGCGUUUAGCUGAAAUACUGGUGGCUAGGGAAUAUCCUAACCUACCUUGCGUCAUUGCCAGGCCGUCAAUAGUAACUCCUGCCGUUAAGGAGCCAGUACCAGGAUGGGUCGACAAUUUGAAUGGUCCUGUUGGGAUACUCGUUGCUGGGGGCAAAGGUAUCCUCAGAACGAUGCUUUGUAACACACAACAUUACGCUGAAAUAAUACCAGUCGACUUUGCAAUUAACGCCGUCAUUGGAAUCAGUCACAAAGUGGCUACCCAAGAGAAGUCAAAACGUAUGCCAGUGUACAACAUAACGCAGAGUGGCACCAUACGGGCCACGUGGGGCAAAAUUUUGGAAAUAACAAAAAAUUUUGUUUACCAGUAUCCUUUCGAGAGACAAGCUUGGUACCCAGAUGGCGCCCCGCAUACUAACAAAUUUGUACACAAUUUUUUGCUCUUUUUCUUCCACAUUAUUCCCGCGUAUUUCAUCGAUUUUCUGAUGCUGAUAUUUCGGCGAGAAAGAUUUAUGGUCAGGAUCCUAAAGCGUAUUUUAAACGGUUUAAAUGUACUGCAAUAUUUUGCCUUAAGGAAUUGGAUGUUUGACAAUACUAAACUAUUGACUAUGCGUAAUGAAAUGUCGCCAGAAGAUCGCAAGACGUUUCAAAUUGAAUUAGAACAUUUAGACCUAAUGGAAUAUUUAAAGACUGUUGUCCUCGGUACUCGUCAGUAUUGCAUGAAAGAGAGUUUGUCUAGUUUGCCAAAAGCUCGUCGGCGUCAGACAAUAAUGUACACUGUCCACCUACUCACGAAAUAUUUCUCCUACUUUGGUAUAUUAUACAUAAUAUUAGAAAAAAGUAAAUAGAAGUUAUAGAAAGCUCCUUUUGUCUAACUAAGAGAAAUAUUUGGAAGGCCUAUAAGGAGCCAAGCACGGAUGUCUUAGUGCCAUUAGAUAUUAAUACUGUUUUAAUAAUAUUAAUACGAUAGUGGGAGGAUAGGCCUUUCAAAUAUUUCUGUUAGUUAAAAAAAAAUAACUUGGAGAAAAUGAUGUACGGUCUCAGUUUCACUAUCCAACAAAUGAAGUUAUUGCCGAUCGUAGGUGAUGUUGUGAAGAGCGUUUAAUUUUAAUAUUCGCUAGCUUGUUUGUCUUCCGCCAGUACAGAAUUCGACAAAACAGCCUUAACAAGUGUAAAGUGACAUUUUUUUUAGAAUUUUUGGUAUAUGAAUACAUGGUAUACUUCUUACGAGAAGUUUACAAGAACAAGCGCUCGUAUUAUGUUUAUUACGUUUUAAGAUACUAAUAUUAAAAUUAAGAAAUACUAAUGUUUGGACACUAGAAACACUAGUACCUAAUUUUUAUGUUUCUUGAUCUGUAAAAAUAACGGAUAAUAAACUGUACACGACGGAUCGAUACGCAUGUAGAAAUCUACUUACGAAAUUACAACGUAAUUAGUAAAUCGUCUACAGCUUAAAAAGUAUUGUAACAUUGUUGUAAUGGGAUUUUUAAAUGUAACUAAUUUCAGAUUAUAUUAUUAAUGUAUAUAUUAUUAA